CAGUGAGAGAGAGACAGAUGGCGGGAGAGUGAGGCCGGACCGAACGGACUUGAUGGAUUGAGGCAAGGGGCGUAAGGACAGGCCGACGAUGGAGGAUCAGGCGCCAUCGCUGGGCUACUGGAUGGAGGACCAGGAUCAGCUUGAGGAUCACUCGAAUGGGUCGCCCGAGUACACCGAUGUUUCCGAUACGCUCUUCGCACAUCUCAAAGACCUACAGGAAGGCCAGAUGGUCUUCAACCCUUCCUUUACGCUCGAGCAGUCUAUGGCGGCAAUCCAGAUCACAGAUCCGAGAAUGGACGUUGGCAUUCACCCGCCUCCCGAAAAUCUGGUGGCUGACAGCGACAAGCUGCCGUCCGGAGCGGCACUUGCAGUCGCAUUUGACCCCAUCGCAAACCUCUCGGCGGCGGACGUCUGCUGGAUCAUGGACCGAGCGCUAGCGUGUGAGGCGGCAUGGCAUCAGGGAGCGACGCUCCAGCAGACAAUCCACACCUGCCUCUACAUCUACGCUACAGCCAGGAUCCACCCCAAGGCGCCCGGCCCGGUGCCUGCACUCGUGGGAAAGGUCCUUCGCCCCUUUGUGAUUGCGUUGCUCAAGUCGAUUGGCCUCGCAUGGGAUGAGCUAGUCAAGGACCACGUCGCCGACCUCGAAGACUUCUCCGCCGAAAAGGCGGGCGUCUCCCUCCUCGAAGAGGUUCCGCCCAGCGAGGCCAUCAUAGGUUUGGACGAGGCCAUCACGUUUCUCGAAGAAAACUUAAAUGAGCAAGAAGAGGCCCUUUCGAGCUUGGAUAGAAAAUCAAUGAUCAAGAGGCUGCACCUCCGAAGGCAGAUUCUCGCCUUUUUCUAUACAUUUGCUCUGGCGACGUCCUCACCGACUUCCAGUCACCAGGAACCGCCUCUGCUUCCCUCUAUUGGCGCAUUCACAGUUGAUGCUCUCGAUCUCCUGGAUAGAUUGGAGCCAGGCAAAGCCGACAACUGUCUGGGGUUCAUGUCGCCUGCGCUCGCGGACGCUCCAUCGCCGAGGGCUUUGGCAGCAUUUGAUCCCAAUCAUUCCCGCCGACUAGCCACAAUGGGAUGCAACGAUGGAAGCGCAAGCAUGCCACCGCCUCAUCCGAUCUCGCUUGGUACGCCAAAGGAGACGAGUACCUUUUGGCGCAGGACAAUUACGGACAUGGAGGAGGCGUACUGGUUUCACAGCUCCUUUGGCUGGCGAACGUGGAAAACAUUCCUGACGAGCCGUGCCAUUCGCUCUCAGCGAUGGCCAAGGUGCGCCUAUGUGCGCUCCCUCUUCCAGUCCAUCAUCUGCACAGGGCACGUCAUUGGCCUCAACCGCACUCUCGACGACCUCAGUGAUGACUUUCUACGGGAUCUCGCAGGUGUCCCUAUAGACGCACUCAAGCGCUUGGCUGACGAAGCAUUUGAGGAGGAAGUGCGCGAAAGGCAGGCGGCAGACCGCCGAGACGCAACGGGAGCACGAUCCCAGCAGCAGGCGAACCGACAGAUGGAUGUCGCGGGGCAGCUGGCCUGGUUCCUCGGCCGUCUACCCGGCCACCUAGUCGAGCACCUCAACAUCCUCGCCCAGACCCGUGCGCGCGGACACCGGAACCUGUGCAAGUCCUAUGCAGGCCUCGUCCGCCUGAGUGAGGAGGCCGGCGUACUGGGCGACACACUGGCCAGGCUACUAGCAGGUCGCGAAGGUCCUCAGCUGGACGGCAACCUGCUCCGAGCCGCGCUUCAGACGCUCAUCCUUGACGUAGUCAUCCAAAUCGUCAUGGCCGGCCUGGAACUCGAGCUACACCGAUGUGAGGAAUACGCAGUCACAUAUUGGGUCGCAGCCUGGGCCGCGUCAGAGAGGCACACGGUGCUCAGCGCCCUUGCUGUCGAAGCUCAGCAGCCUUCGUCGUUCAUCAUCGACGAUGAAACCAAAAAUGAGCUGGCUUCGUCGCUUGCAGAUCAGGCGGCGGUCCUGGAGAUGCUGGAAAAGGCGUUCCGUGGCAUGUUCGAGCUCUGCUUUGACUUUCCGAGAAGUACGACAGAGAGAUAUCCAUGGCUUCCAGACGAGGAAGACAUGCACCUCUUGGAAGGUUUCGCCGUGCCACCUGAAGUCACGAGGCGGCGGCUCGAAGGUACUCCUUUCCUCGAGCGCGACGCCUUCUACCGUCGCUUCCACUGGCUCUCCGAUCGGCGUCGUGACGGUUCAGCGACUGAGGAUCGUGAGGUUGCGCGGCUCUGGACGUCUUUUGUCAGUGACUCGGUGCAAUUACAGUCGGAGCCGUCAAGGGACAGAGCUGCCAAGUUGCUACAAGAAGCGGCGUCGUUGUGCGAAGACUUGCACCAGGCCGCCAGCGAGCACGAAGCGUUCCUGCCUGGGCUGCGAUAUACACUGGAGCAUCUUGCGCAGCGCUGCCAGGCACAUGAAGUACUGCCGUCCCAGCUCGACUUCAAGAACAGCCCUCAUCCAUGGUUCCCCUUCAUCAACGACAAUGUUCAAGGCCCCCCAUAGCUAUAGACAGCAUGAUAUGCACAAUUGCUUACACGAUACCGGUAUGACUGAGUCACCACUACAUUAGCCUUUUCUUUGUUGUCUCGUCGUCAAUUGCAUCGCUCCAGGACAAUGAUAAAUAUACACUUUG